ACUUAUCCAUUCAGAUAAACCCACAGCUCAUUCGGAACAUAAGCACAGAAGCAAGAAAUCAAAGUUAGGAAGAUAUGGCUUCUGCAACUUGGAGCAUGUCUUGCUUGAAAUCGGCUCUCCCUACAGUUCAACCAAUUUCAAACUCAUCACUUAGAUUCUCUUCUGGGUCUUCUCCAUCUCGUCUCAGGAUUUGCAAACCCAAGUCUAGUUCAACAAUUAUUCAGUCCUUCGUGGGUCUUGCUCCCCUGCAUCCACUUUUGUCCCUUUCUUCUCAAGACUCAAAAAGUUUUGAGGACUCAUUCACCAUUAUUGAUAGUGGUGGCCGAGUUUUUGCCAUGAGACAUGGAAGGAAGGUGCCCAAACUGAAUAGACCUCCUGAUCAGCGCCGGGCACUUCUGAGAGGUCUCACAACUCAGCUCCUCAAGCAUGGGCGUAUAAAGACCACUAAAGCGAGGGCCAGGGCGGUGAGAAAAUAUGUAGACAAAAUGGUCACAAUGGCGAAGGAUGGCUCUCUUCAUAAGAGAAGGCAAGCUCUUGGGUUCAUCUAUGAGAAGCAGAUAGUGCAUGCAUUGUUUGCUGAAGUUCCCGAAAGAUAUGGAGAGAGGAAUGGAGGAUACACUAGAAUAAUAAGAACUCUACCAAGGCGAGGGGACAAUGCACCGAUGGCAUAUAUCGAGCUUGUUUAGCAACUGAAUAUUCAUUUUCCAGGUUCUUUUUUGUUAGUUCUGAAUUCUGAUGUGAUCUAAGAGAUUUUUUUGGUUCACCAAUUAUUCCAUCCCAAAUUCCUGUAUGUGGUUCAAUUUUAAUUUGCAAUACUACUCUGUUUAUUUGGUUGGUCA